UUUCAAAGCCAAACGUUUAAAACUAAAUUUUAUGAAUUUUUAAAUAUUAAGUUUCAAAUUUAAAAUUUUAAAGGACCAACUCAGCACUUUAGGAUUACGCACAUAAUCAAGUUUAUUUUGGAAAAAUUUUAAAAACAAAAAUCAAGAAAAUCUGCACGAAAACUUUAAACGAAACUUUGUAGACUAAGCACACAACUCGAAAAACUCUACACAAAAUAAGUCAACAACUAUACUCCAGAUAUUGCAAGUAAAUACUAGACAAAGGAAAGAAACUAAACUUUAGCAACUUAAGAAAGUUUAACGUCAAAAUCAAAAGAACGAAAGCUUUUAAGUUGAGUUUUAAGUUUUUUUUUUUGCUUUACGUCGACAUACGUCAACAGCAAGAAGAAAAUAAAAUAUAAACAAACAAAUAAGAAAUCCAGCAACAACAAUAAAAAACAAGUUGUUGUUUUAUAAGAAAAAGAACAAGCAGAAAUAGAAGAAGUGGUAGUGAAAGCAAAAAUUAGCAGCGUUGGUAAUAAAACAUGUCCACCAUAGAGGAGAACGAGGCACAGGGAGCUGCCACCAAUACAACAAACAACAACGUAGCUAACGAGCCCUCAUCACUUAUGGAUGGCGGCAGAGUAACGCCACAACUUAGUACGGCUAUACAACUCGACCGAGACGUUUCGCCAAAUACGUCGCCAACGCAACCGUAUGAUGAGCUAAAUUCAAACGCAACACCACAACAGCCACAUUUAUUACAACAGCAACAAAAUAAAAUUAAUAACAAUCAAACGGGAAAUUAUAACGGUCUUAAUAGUAAUCGCUCAAGUCCCCUGAAAAGCCUCAAUAAUACCAAUUAUUCCGAUAACGAAGAUGACUAUGAGCUGCAGCGCAAUGGAAUCGUAGGUGCUGCUGCAAAUGAUUAUUGGUCACAGCGCAACGGUGGUCUUGCUAAUCAGUCGGGUCGCCAGAGUCGAGCCGGUGCCAGUGGUGCAGCCACUCCCAAUCAGCUGCAGCUACAAUAUCCGGACAAUAUGAGUGAGAAUUCUGAACAACCACCGGUCCAACCUCUACAACGUUCAAAAUCUAGACCAGAAUUAUCCUCAAAUGCCCAUAUAAAUAGUGUUAUGAGUGCGGCCAGUCGUUAUUCGAAUCUCUCGUAUUGGAAGGCCAGACGUGUGGUAUUCUACCGCAAUGGAGAUCCCUUCUUUCCGGGAGUAGAAUUGCGUUUUCGUCCGGGUCGUGAUAUAACCUCAUUGGAGAAUUUACUUGAUAAAAUAUCACCUAAAAUAGAUCUACCACGUGGUGCUCGUUAUGUUUUCUCCAUGGAUGGUGACCGCAAAUAUCAUCUAGAUGAACUGGAAGAUGGUGCCUCCUAUGUGGUUUCCUCCUUUAAAGCGUUUAAGGUGAUUAUCCUUUGUUAACACAUGUUUGGCAAUUUAAUGGCAUACUUUUUGGCUCAACUUAACAUUUCUUAUUUAUAACAUAAUUUACUUUAACAAUAAUAACAACAAAAACUACAACCAGC